CUCCCUCCCUCAAUCUCUCUCCUAUAAAUCUCUCCUCUCUCCCCAUCUUUCUUUCUCUCUCUCCGCGCUUCAAUUACUCUACUUAAAUUAAACAAAUAUUCCCCUUUUUCACAAUCACACACUUUAAACCACACAGAAACCCUAAUUUCGCAAUUCAUUCUUCUAAAUUAGGGUUCUAAACCUAUAGAUACACACAGAUAUUCAUGGAGGAAGUGGAGAAGCGAUACGGAGUAGGAUACGCGCUGGCGAAGAAGAAAGAGAACAGCUUCAUACAAGCUUCGUUGUUGAAUCUCGCGAAAGAGAGAGGAAUCGAUUUGAUUAAGAUCGACACGGAGCGGCCGUUGAUUGAUCAAGGACCGUUCGAUUGUGUGCUGCACAAAUUGUACGGCGACGAUUGGAAGAAGCAAUUGGAUGAUUACUCGAGGAAAUACCCUAAUGUGUUGAUUAUAGACUCGCCGGAGGCGAUUCAGCGGUUGCAUAAUCGAAUUUCGAUGCUGGAGGCUGUUUCGGAGAUUGAAUUUGAGAAUGAGAGCGAUUCGUUUGGUAUUCCGAAGCAGGUUUUGAUUUAUGAUGUGAAGAAGUUGUUGGAUUGUGAGGAGUGGGGGGAGGUGUUGAAUUUUCCGGUGAUUGCGAAGCCGUUAGUGGCGGAUGGGAGUGCGAAAUCGCAUAAGAUGUCGUUGGUUUAUAAUAAUGAGGGGUUGAAUAAGCUGAAACCGCCGAUUGUGUUGCAGCAGUUUGUGAAUCAUGGUGGGGUGAUAUUUAAGGUGUAUGUGGUGGGGAAGUAUGUGAGGUGUGUGAAGAGGAAGUCGUUACCGGAUGUGAGUGAGGAGAAAUUGCCUAGCUUGCAGGGGUCUUUGUCAUUUUCACAGGUGUCUAAUUUGACUCAGAGUGAGAGAAGUGAUGAUACGUAUUAUAAGGCAAUGAAUUUGGAGGAUGCUGAAAUGCCUCCGCAGAGUUUGAUUUCGGAUAUUGCUUGUGGGUUGAGGAGGGCAAUGAAGUUGAAUUUGUUUAAUUUUGAUGUUAUUAGGGAUACUAGAGUGGGGAAUAGGUAUCUUGUUAUUGAUAUUAAUUAUUUCCCUGGGUAUGCGAAGAUGCCGGGUUAUGAGAAGGUAUUGACGGAUUUCUUUUGUGACGUGUUUAACAAGAAGCAAGCUGGGAGCCUUGAUGGUCAAUUGGGGAUGAAUUGUGAGAAAGAGGUUAGAAUAUUGGUGGGUAAUAAUGGGCUGGUUGAGGAUGAAGGAGGGCUUCCUGUUUCAACUCUGAAAAUGGAAGAAGAGAAUGGUAACCAAAUUCAUGUAUGAAUAACUUGCUUGUAGCUUUUCUUAGUGAUUUGCUUUCCAAGAGUUCAUUCAGUUUGGUCAAAUGCUGAUUUUACUCGUGGAUGUGCGAAGUUGAAGCAAUCUGUGCCCAUUUCUUCUAGAUAGGAGUUAGUGACAGUGGUGAAUAAGUAGGUACUUUUCCUAGUUUCUGCCUGCUGAGGGCUUUACAUGGUGUUCUCUUGUUGAAUCUGUACAUGUCAUGGUUUGGAGAUAAGUACCUUCUCAGGACAUAAGUUUAUUCAAUGAAUUCUGCAAUUUUGUCAUUGCAUUUUCAUUUCCCCUGAUUUUGUAAUGGUAACACCUUUUCAUUUGUGCGUACCACUAGUGACUAGACAGUUUCAUUUUUUAUUUGCUAAUCAUGUAGGGAUACCUGUAUUAAUAUUUAUUAAAUGUGGCACUUUUGGAUUUA